AUGCUUGCGCCUCGUGCUCCCAGUGCAUUCGUUUGCCUACGAUGUGAUGUCCAAUUUGCCCGCCCAUCGUUUCCUCGAUUUGCACGGCAAACUUCUCGUUCCCGAUUUUCCACAUCCGCUCAUCUUUCCAGCGAAGAUGCAUCAGCAGAAGCGGAGCCACAACCUCUGAAAAUCAUACGACAAAAGGAACCGCUCAACAGGGUUCGAAAGCGAAUGGGAAAGACUGUCCGUGAGACUUCGGCUAGACUAGGAGGUAUCAAGACACUGGGGGACGAUGCGGAGAUUCUGGUCGUCAGCGAGAUUGCAGACAAGAAUAAAAAUUUGGGCAUCGACGACUCUGCUGUGACGCGGCCCAAAAGGGCGCCGAUAACCUAUGUUCCUGAUUUUGCUGCUUCGCUGAACGAGGAAAAGGUAGUCCUCACGCGCUACGAGAGUCAUCGACAAAUCGAAAAUUUGCGUCCCGAAAUUGCUGGUGAGCCUAACGAGCCACAGCAUGUCUCGCAGGCGACGUUCGUCAAGCUCCAAAAGACAUUGAAUACUGGCUUUACACAUUGGCAAUUGGCAGCCUUCUACUCCAUCGCCAAGCACGUCAGGAGCCAUGAUGUCGACAAGAAGGUCAUCGAAGGUCUCACGUCUGGGAACGGCACACCCAAGCGGCCUGUGAAACGCUCCGAAUGGCAACCAGGAACUACGGAUAUAAUGGACCGACUUCCCGGCCUCGAUGUCACCAUCAGACCAAAGAAGAUGUCUGUCAGCAAGCAGCUCAUGGUGGAUCGCAUCUUGAGAGAAUGCUGGAAAUUGGAACCAUUGGAAGAGAUAGAAGCUCCCGGCGAGAUUGAGAUGUCUCUGCAGCCAUGGCAGAUUGCGCUGCUCAAUGUUGGCGAAAGCGACACAGUCCUUGACAAGAUCGGGCAGACACGGCGAGCAAAGUUUGAGUUUCAUCAGCAGCAUGGCAUUCUCCGCAUCACAGCAGAUAAAACCACAGCAGAGUAUGCAACGAACGACAUCGAAGAAGCUUUAGCCAAUACCGAGUCCAAGCACCUCAAUCUGCGACCUUGGCUCGGAGUCCUAGCAGAAGGAAAAAUACCGAAGCCAAAACAUUUGGCCUCGAUGUUUUCACAGAUCGAUAUUGAUACAGUGUCGAUGCUGACUCGGACGGUGAUUGAAAAGGUCGAUGGGGCUAUUAUAUGGAUUCGUGGCCUCGACGGGAGUGCAGUUGCAGAAGCUGAGCGACUUCUCAUCAGAUUGCUUCCCCUGAACGAUCAGGUAACGCACUCGAUAGAUGCACAGAUUGUGGAAGUGGCAAAGGACAGCAAUUACCUCAUGCCUGUCUUUCUGGCCGAGAAUGCUCUUGAUCAAAAGAACAGGAAGGCAGCGUUUGGGCGCAACUUGAUGCCUAAAUCAAAAUCUGCUACGCCUAAAGAUGUAGAGGUUUCAGAAGAGCACCAGGAAGAGUACCAAGAAGAGCACCAGGAAGCAACUGACAAACCCGUGAGUACGCCAGAGACUUAUUCUGCCCAUGUAGACCGCGUGGUAGCUGCGAUGCAUCGCUCCGCAGCAGACAUAUCACCACCGCCUAAAGCUGCGGGCAGCUGGUCUUCUAAAUCUGAGUAUUUUAUGAGCGCUGAACUAGGCCAAGCCCUUUUCCCACUAAACACCAGUCCUCCUACCACGACCACUCCGGAACCCACCACGACCACUGUCGCUCCCCCGUUGACAUUUAAUCCUUUCACGCCCGGCCUUACCAGCCUCCUCACUUCACCCCAGUUUACCGCAACGAACCAAAUGCAAGGCCCCUCUCUAAUCUACGACUUUAUCCCUUCUGCCAUCCAACCCUCGUUUAACCGCGGCCAACUCUUACCCGACCUCCGCAUCCAGAUGCGCACUGGACGUGCCGGUUCAAAUCCCCGGCUCCAUUAUUUGACUCUCGGAUUCGACAAGCGCAUCCACAACGUCCUGCUCCCAAAUAAAGCAGUAGACAUUCGGUUCCGCAGUUCCGCACGUCUGAAGAUGAAAAAUCCAUCAAGCGUGGAAGUGGUGAAGGAGUGGCUAGAACAAGUGAAGUUGAACGUCGAGCAAGGGGGACGAUUAUGGGCACCCGAUCUCGAGCUCGAGAUUCCCACAUGGACCAUUCCUGGCGAGACAGAGGACGCGCCAGAAAGCACGAAACCAGUCAAGUACCUUUUUAGCGCAGUUUCCUUUCGCCAGUCUAUAACCGGCAUGGUAGGCGACACCAUGGUGUCCUUUCGCACCCUGCAAUCCGGCAAACUCGGCGGCCAAACUGGCGUCUUGAGUGCCCAUUAUACGGGACAUGGAGACGUGCUAUUGCGGAAUCAAGACGAGAUUCGCGAGUUUGCACGCAAGGCGUUUGCGCUCGUGGAUUUGGUGGAAAUGGGUGCUGGCGCGACGGUGCCGGUGGCUAAGAGGAUGAAUCCUCGGGCGGUGGUGAGUGCGAGGAAGCUGAGGAGGGCGCAGGAACAGGCGGCGCAGAGGGCGAUGGAGGAAGGCGAGGUGGCGGUUGGGUUGGAGAAGCCGUGGGAGCCGCUCGGGGAGGGGGAGGGGGAGAGUGGGGAGAGUGGUGCUGCUGAUGGAGUGGUUGCUACUUCUGAUGAAGCGACUGUUACUCCUCUUGAAGCUACGGCUACUUCUGAUGAAGUGGCUGCUACUCUGGAUGGAGCGACUGCUACUUCUGAUGAAGCCACAGCUACUCCUGAUGAAGCGGCAAACGUGUGA